CCGUGAGGUUUACUUAUCAGUGGUGAACUUGCACACAGUUAUAUCAUUCUGGUAAAAAAGAAUGACUAGGCUAUCCUGUUAAGAAAUCUCUGGGUGUGCAUUCUGGAACAAUACUGAGGAAUCAGGAGAAGCCUACAUCUCGACCGACUAGUUGACGACGAUGGCGCUAUCUGGAUGGAUUUGUUUGGUAACGGGAGCCUCAAGGGGUAUCGGCAGAGGUAUCGCUUUGCAGUUAUCAGAAGCUGGAGCCACAGUGUAUAUCACUGGUCGUCAGGAGAACACCUUGAAGCAAACUGCAGCUGAGGUCAAAGAAAGAGGAGGCGAUUGCAUACCAGUGAUAUGUGAUUCCUCAAAAGAGGAUGACAUUGAGGCACUCUUUGAAAGAAUAAAAAAGGACCAAAAUGGCAGAUUGGACGUCUUGGUAAACAACGCCUAUGCUGGAGUACAGGUGAUAUUUGACAACAUGGGGAAGAAAUUCUGGGAAACUGAUCCAUCUGUGUGGGAUACAAUUAACAACACAGGACUGAGAGGUCACUACUUUUGCACCGUCUAUGCUGCCAGACUGAUGGUGGCCCAGGGAAAGGGCCUCAUCGUUAUGAUCUCUUCCAUGGGAGGACUGCGCUAUCUCUUCAAUGUCCCCUAUGGAGUUGGCAAGGCUGCUUGUGACAGGCUUGCGGCAGACACUGCAGUGGAGCUGAAGAGCAGAGGAGUGGCGUCUGUGAGUCUGUGGCCAGGCGCAGUGCAGACUGAACUGAUCUCUAAGUUUGUACUCGAGAAAGAUAAUCCUGUCGGGGUUGACCCAAAGUUUAAAGAUGUGUUCGCAAAUGGAGAGACCACAGAGCUAAGUGGCAGAUGCAUUGUCGAGUUGUCUAAAGAUCAAAAUCUGAUGUCCCUCACGGGAAAGGUUCUAAUGACGUGUGACCUGGCAAGACGUUACAACUUACAGGAUGUUGACGGACGCAGUGUACAGGACUACACAUCCUUGAAGUUUGCACUGACUCAGGUGCCCUACCUGUCUUGGCUCUCCACCAUCACGCCAUCAUUCCUUCGUGUACCUCGAUUCAUCCUCACUCUAGCAAAUGGACGUUUCUAAAUGAACACAUUGUGGCGUAAAACCACAAUAAUUGGGAUUGUUGACUGAACUUCAAUGAAAUACUAAUAGCCUACUUUUUGCUAAUUUUCAUGUUGUGUGCACAUUCUCAUAUGGUGAAAUGGAAGGACAUUUUUACAGCUUUCUAAUUGUAAGUUUUAUAAAUAUGAAGGAAGGAUUUUACUCAACAGCAACUUUUUAUUAUUAUGUAAUUUAGAGCUAUAUUGCAUGUCUAAGCCUAUAAUUCCCAAGCUGUGCCUUAUACAGAAAACCUAGCCCUAUGGUGAGAUAGCCUAACAAUUUGCUGUAGGCUACUAGGUCCUAGGUUAGGCCUAUUAUCAGAACUACUAAAAUAUGUGUAAUAGGCUCUUGAGUAAUGUCGAAAAAUAAAAGUAAUUUGGAAAAAA